GGGAACAGAGGGAUCUUCACAUAAGAAAUAUAUUAAAUCCUCUCCCGCCCCACAUCAAUGUUUUACGUGCAUAUAAUAAAGAUCCAUAAAUUAUUUUUGGCAGUAUGCAAUCUUCAACUCUGCUCAUCAUCAUCAUCACUCCAUCAUGAUUGAUAAUUCCCUCCGCAAGUCGAAACUCUGACUGCGCAUUCAAAAAGAAAACUGUCACAUGCACAAAGUUACUUGGAUCAUUUUGCAAGAUAUUGCAAUAUUCCUCUGGGAUUCACCUUCCACUUCUUCUGGAGUCGCCUUUUGUCUUUUCUUUUAAUGAAUUUCAACACUUGAAUUUUAGUUUUUAAGAUAUCAUCACUCGAUGGAACUACUACUCAGAUAGUGCAUCUAAUGACGAUAUUGAAUUCCUAUGGCAAGCCCAGUUGCAUAAGUAGAAGUAGAAGGAGAGCCUUCAAGUUUCAAUAACAGUGUCUGAUCUGAAUCCACAUUGACUUGCGUUAAAGAUGGAAGGUAACCAAAAUACACCAAGUGUUAUUGCCAGGUUGAUGGGAAUUGAUGAGCUGCCGCCUCAGCAGCCCUCCCACAGACAACUGAAAGUGCUUUCUGAGGAUUAUCUCCGCAAAAGUGCUUCUAUAGGUAUGCUAGGGGAGAGUUCACUCCUUUUGAGCCGCUUAGCUAGGAAAACUGCUGAGAAACAGUAUGCAGUUAAGCAUGUCUUUAGCAGUGAGAUCCCAGAAAACGGCAAACGAAGUUCACAGUCAAUUCCUGGUUUAAAACCAAAUCAGGCUACAAUUCCUGGUUUACAUCUUCAGAGAUCUGACAUUUUUCAUCAGAAGGGUGACAUGGAAUCUGGGGAGUAUGUGGAGCUCUUACAAUAUAAAUGCAGGGUACUGAAUGCAAAAGUAACAGAAACUGAAAAGAUGACCACUGAGCCUCCCACGUAUUGUUUUAUGGAUCCCUGGCAAAUUGAAAAUAAAUCUGCCAAAGAGAAAUGGAAAUAUGUGAGUGGCAGGCAGAGAUAUGCAUCAAGAUCAAGAAUCACAACCGAGGACUCUUCAGUUCAUGCACCUAAGGCUCUGGUGACUUCCUCCCAAGGUUCCUUUGGUUGGAAACAUGGAGAACAAGUUUCAUGCCCCUUUCAUAGUGGGUCAUUUUUUGCCAGCGAAGCAAAGAAGCAAAUAUUUGAACGAUGGAAGACAACUAGAAGCUUUCCAGAUAUUGAAGUGUCAGGCAGGAGAUGUAGUCUUGGUCAAAUGUUUGCUAUUCAGGACAAGGAAGCUAGGCCCACGAGCUUGUAUUCCAAACUUGAAGAGAACCGUUUCAGCAAUCCAUCUUGUCUUGAAAAAGAAAGCUCUGAGUUUGGUAUUUCUUUGGUUAGCACAAAGGUUGGUUCAACAAACAAGUAUAUCAGAAAUCUACGAAGGCCCAAACUUUUGAAGUAUUCUCCAUUUGCAAGUGAAUCCACCAGUUUUACGACCAGGGUUGAAGCUUCCAAAAACAGCUACUGUUCUGGGAAAAAAGAAACUGUAACUGAUAAACAUCAGAAGUUGAAUAGUGAAAAAUUCUAUGGAAAGGAUAGCUUAGAAUCAGGGGAUUCAACAGUUAUACGUGAGAAACAGCAUCAGUACCUCAGUGCAGAUUUAGAGUGUAGUCACAAUCCAGAUUAUGAGCUAUCAAAUUCCAAGAUUCUUUCUUCAGAUUCAGAUGAUAAUGUUUCUCUGGAAGUUAACCAGGGGGUUCAGGAUGACUUGGAGAAGGGCAUGCACAAGGAGGCAGAAGGUUAUAGCUGUUCUGACGUCUCAGACAAUUUGGCUCGGCAGAAAUCAUCUUGUGAUUCCCCUGGAGAAGAAUUUAUUCUCAGAUGUACAGCAAAAGAUUCAGAAUUCGCCAUAAACUUGAGGGAGAUCAACCAGCCUAGUCCAGAUUCUGUAUUGGAACCUCUUUUUAAGGAAGAGAAUCCUCCUGACUCCGAAAUCUUUAAAAGUUCGAUUUCUGAUCUCAGUGGUCUUGCACUAAAGCUACACCUUCUCAAUCCCAAAUCGGAAGAAACAAACUCAGAAGGAUCUGGAAUGGCGGUGUCAAGUGAUGAAGAUACUGAAAAAGAAUCCGUUGAUCUUUCCCGAGAUAACGGAAAGCUGUGGGGAAUGUCAAGACCUGAAGAAAGCAGGGACUUUUCGUACCUAGUUGAUGUCUUGGAUGAGGACAAUUUGUGUGGUAUGGAUCUGGCUAUAUGGCAUGGCAGAGAAUCUCCGGUGAGCCCCUCAGUUUUUGAGGCAUUGGAGAAGAAAUAUGGGAAGCAGACAUCAUGGGCGAAGUCAGAGAGGAGGCUUUUAUUUGACCUCAUAAACUCUCGGUUGAGGGAUAUUCUAGAUUCAUGCAUGGAUUUUUGCAUGUCAAGAAAGCCUCUACGAAGAAGGUUAAGCUCCAAUUUGAGCAGGGAUGAUAUAGAGGAAGAGUUGUGGAUAUUACUCAGCCAGGAUAAGGAGGUCAGGAAGGACUUGGGUGAUAAAGUGCUUGGCGGUGAAAUGAAGUGGAUGGAGUUGGAAGGUGAUAUUAGUAUCAUUUGUAGAGAAAUAGUAGAAUACUUAAUCGAUGAGCUUGCAGCAGAGUUUUGUAGCAGUGAGAGUCCAUAGCUGAGGGUUUUUCUUUGUUUUGUUUACUUAUUGCUGAUUCUUUGCUUUGAGUUUGGCAUUUGCUCUUAGAUGUGUCAUAUCUGCAAUUUUGGUAAAUGUUAAAUUUGAAGAGAAACUUGAAGGUAAGCUGAGGAAGGAAGCAGAAUGAAAGCUUCCAUACUCUAGCUUAAGUUUUAGUGUGUAGCGGGGAGUGAUAUUAUGAGAUUUGAAAGGAAAAUAUAUCCUUUUGUACAUUUGAAUUUAGGAUGUCUUUGUACAGUUGAACAAUGCAAUGAUUUCUACAGGAAUGGAGGCUUGAAAGCA